AUGGACGUACAAGAUAUUUUGAGUUUGACAGUGGUAGCUCUGAAGAACAAAUUGAGGGAAGUUGGACUGAGUGUUCAAGGCAGGAAAUGUGAAUUAAGAGAUAGGUUGCUCUUAUAUUUCGGACAUGUGUUGGAGGAUGAAGAUGAAAGUGAAAGUGAAACACGUUCAGUGACAAUGGUAGAGGCACCAACCUCUCACCAAGACAAUGUAGUGUUUAAUCCGCAGUUCACACUGAGGGAUGUGGAAGGGAGUAUUUCAUUGUUUAGUGGUACGGAUGAGCUAGGUGUUGAUAAAUGGUUAGAAGAAUUUGAGGAUAACGCGCUUCUUAGAGGGGCUGCUAAAUUGUUUGUACGUAGCCAGACGGGAAUCAAUAGUUUCAAUUCGCUAAAAUCGGCGUUGAGAAGUGAGUUCGGUGUAAAACCAACAUCACUAGAUAUUCAUCGCAUGUUACAAAAUCGUCGUAAGAAAAAUAACGAAAGUCUUCGUGAAUACUUGUACAAUUUGAUAGAAAUUGCCAAGCCAGUUGGUUUAGAUGACGAAAGUCUCAUUUUGUACUUUAUUGGAGGAAUUCCAGAUUCAAAAUUAAAUAAAACAGUUUUAUAUCAGGCACGAACAAUACAAGAGCUCAAAGAGCAGUUAAGAGUAUAUGAGAGGGUACAUGAUUCUCGACAGCCUUCAAGCAAGGAGAAGUCAUGGCAUGGGGUGGCAACACCGGUAGAACCAAGGGUUCAAAGGAAGUGUUUCAAGUGUGGAAGUGAAUCUCAUUUGGCCAAUGGUUGUGAUAAGAAUGAGAGGGUACAUGAUUCUCGACAGCCUUCAAGCAAGGAGAAGUCAUGGCAUGGGGUGGCAACACCGGUGGAACCAAGGGUUCAAAGGAAGUGUUUCAAGUGUGGAAGCGAAUCUCAUUUGGCCAAUGGUUGUGAUAAGAUUAGGCAGAUCAAAUGUUUUAAGUGUGGACAGAUGGGCCAUCGUAAAAUUGAAUGCGAUCGUAGAAACGACGUGCAUGUUAAUACAGAAUCAAAACGCAAUAGCGCUUUGACUGUCUGGAAGACAAGUGGCAUCUUCAAACCAAUGAAGAUGGGUAAUUUAGUGAUCAGUGCUUUAAUUGAUACGGGUGCUGACGUGAGUUUAAUGAGCGAAAAGGGCGCUAAGUUCGGCAGAAAAAAGCUCGAAAGUUUAAAUGAUAAAGAGAAUUUAGGGAUAAGACAAAUUUGUCAAAGUAAAGACGGGAAAGAUUUUGAAUUGUUAAAGGUAAAGGAAGAAGAAAACAACGCAAGUGGUAGUAAUUUGGCUUUAACUGAAUUUGCUGCACUUUGCGUAGCAAUGAAAGAGAAAGAUAGCAACUCGAUAAUAGACCUUGAUUUAGGACAUUUGAAAAGCGAGCAAGCAGAUACAGUUUUAAAGAUGGUGCACAGUUUUAAACCAGUAAAGCAGACACAGUCACCAGUACAAAUGAAGAUUUUGAUAACAGAUGACAUUCCUGUUUACCAAACGCCAAGACGAGUUUCAUGCGUUGAUCAGAAGAUAAUCGAUAAUCAAAUAGAUAAUUGGUUGAACGAAGGUAUAAUUCGACAAAGCAAUUCUGAGUAUGCUUCACCAGUUGUUUUGGUUUCAAAAAAAGACGGUACGAAACGACUCUGCUGUGACUUUAGAAAAAUAAACGAGAAGAUUAUACGUGACAAUUUUCCAAUGGUACUUAUAGACGACGUUUUGGAAAAGUUGCAAGGGGCUAGAUAUGUAAUCGAGAACGGUAGUAUCAGGCCCUCUGAAGGGAAGGUAAAGGCCGUGCAACAGUUUCCUUUGCCGCGAGAUAAAAAGGGACUGCAACGGUAUUUAGGAUUAACAUCUUAUUUUAGAAGAUUCAUUGAGGGAUAUGCAUCGAUAGCGAAGCCACUAAGCGACAUGUUAAGAAAGGAUGCGAAAUAUCAUAUAGGAGAGCAGCAACUGUUAGCGUUUCAACAAUUAAAAUUAGCUUUAAUGAAAGCUCCGGUAUUACAGAUUUACGAUCCAAAGGCUCAAACGGAGAUACACACAGAUGCUUCAAUGUAUGGAUAUGGUGCCGUGUUACUGCAGAAAAACUCGGAUGAUCAGCAGUUUCAUCCUGUACAGUUCAUGAGUAAGAAAACUACUCCAGCAGAGGAGAAAUACAACUCCUAUGAACUCGAAAUGUUAGCAAUUAUUCAGGCAUUAAAGAAAUGGCGUGUGUAUGUGCUAGGUCAGAAAUUCCGAAUUGUAACCGACUGCAAUGCAUUUACGAUGACUAUUAAAAAACGUGACGUACCAUUACGAGUAGCUCGUUGGGCUAUGUACUUACAAGACUUCGACUAUGUCAUCGAACAUAGGAAAAAUUCAAGAAUGCGACAUGUUGAUGCUUUAAGUCGUGUGGCAUGCAUGAUAAUUGAAGAUUCGGUCGCGCAUCGCUUAAGGGAAGCUCAAAAAUCUGAUGAGUGGAUCAGGGCGAUUAUUCAAGUCUUAGGAAAAUGUGAAUACGAAGAUUUCUUUAUGCGAAACGGGCGUUCCUCGGGGAAAUGGUCAAGUGGAACGGAUGCACCGUAUAUUGGUUCCAAUGUUAGCUAA